UUAAGCAGAACCUGAUUCUCAAAGAUUUCUUCCAUUUCUGAAUCGAAUCGGAAUAGAAACCAACAAUUUUUGCUUUCGGUGUUCAUUCAAUUAAUUUAAUCCAUUUGGGUUCUGCAGUCGGUUUCAGAUCAUCCCAGUUCAGUUCAUAGCAGAAUCUACCUUGGAAGUGAAGUGUAAGAAUGGCAGGAAGUGUUUUUACUCCUUCUCUGGAAGAAAUGAAGCAUGUCAAGUCGCCAGAAGGCCAAAUGCUCACGAAGCCUUUCCUGGAUGUCUGCAGAAUGAUUUUGCCUGUUAUUGAUAAGUUUGGAGCUGCUAUGGUCCUUGUAAAGUCUGACAUUGGUGGUAACAUUUCGAGGUUGGAAGCUAAAUAUGAAACCAACCCAUCCAAGUAUGAACACUUGUAUGGUAUUAUACAAGAAGAGGUUGAUGCUAAAACAGCCAAAGGAUCAUCUAGUUGUACCAAUGGUCUUCUUUGGUUGACAAGAGCUAUGGAUUUUCUUGUAGAACUGUUCCGCAAUUUGCUUGCUCACCCUGAUUGGACUAUGUCACAAGCUUGUACAGACUCUUAUGGCAAGACUCUUAAAAAAUGGCAUGGCUGGCUUGCUAGUUCAAGUUUCACAGUUGCUAUGAAGCUUGCUCCAGAUAGGAAGAAGUUCAUGGAAGUGAUAGCUGGCUCAGGAGAUGUCAAUGCUGAUAUUGAGAAAUUUUGUUCCACUUUUCCUCCAUUUCUUGAAGAGAAUCACAAAUUUCUGGCUAGUGUUGGGUUGGAUGACAUGAAGGCUUCGUAAUGGAAAAGGCUUUCCAAAGUGGUCGAUACACAGCUUUUGUUUACAGUCAUCUUUAAAAUUACUUUCUGAUAUUUAUAUUUGGCUUAUAAACUUUUAAAUUGGAUUCCAUGACCUAAUAGUUAUUGUAUGAUUUGCUUUUUCCUAUCUGAAGAGCUUGACAUUGUAUGUCUUGAUUAGGUUUAGCUUUUCUUGACUUUAAUCUCUAAGAAUUAUGCAUUUACUUUUUCACACCUUUUUUUAAAAGAUUUUUUUUAAUAAAUAUGAAUAAAUUUU